AUGGCGUCCAAAGUAUCCCGUGACAUUCUCUAUGAAUGCGUCAGUGAAGUCCUGAAGGGCUCCGAACUGAAGAAACGUCGUUUCCUGGAAACGGUGGAACUCCAGAUUGGACUGAAGAACUACGAUCCCCAGAAGGACAAGCGUUUCUCCGGCACCGUCAAGCUAAAGUACAUUCCGCGCCCGAAGAUGCAGGUGUGCGUGCUCGGUGACCAGCAGCAUUGCGAUGAAGCCAAGGCUAACGAUAUCCCGUUCAUGGAUGCCGAAGCCCUGAAGAAGUUGAACAAGAACAAGAAACUGGUUAAGAAGCUAGCCAAGAAGUACGACGCGUUCCUGGCCUCCGAGUCGCUGAUCAAGCAGAUCCCACGUCUGCUUGGUCCCGGUCUGAACAAGGCCGGUAAGUUCCCGGGUCUGCUCGGCCACGGUGAAUCGAUGGUGCAGAAGAUCGAUGAAGUGAAGGCCACCAUCAAGUUCCAGAUGAAGAAGGUCCUGUGUCUGUCGGUUGCCGUCGGUCACGUCAAGAUGUCGACUGAUGAGCUGGCGCAGAACGUGCAUUUGGCCAUUAACUUCCUCGUGUCGCUGCUGAAGAAGCACUGGCAGAACGUACGCUCGUUGCACAUCAAAUCGUCCAUGGGUACCGCUCAGCGACUGUACUAA